AUGCUGCAAUUAUAGUUAGAGGUGAGGACAAUCUAAUUUUAUAUUAAUUCAAUGACAGAAUUCUGUUCGAUCUAAUUUAUUCAUAGUAUGAGAUAUUUAUAAUAGACUUAUCGUCAACUCCUUUGAAGUCAUUAUUGAAAUGUAGAUGUAGAGAUAUCCAAGAAAUUAGAGAAAAAAUUGAUUUAAAUAUAUAAUACUUUGAUAAAGGGAAUGUAAGUUUAGUUAUUGAUAUAAUCGUAGUUGAGACUGUAGAUAUAUGAUGGCUAAAUUAUUUUCGGAGAAGCCACAAUCAAUUUAGGAUUUUACAUUGAAAACAGCCUUCCUGUCAUCAUCGAUAACAUUACAAUACAGAGUAGGUAUGAUCAGGAAGCUUAUGUUGAGAUGAGUUUAGGUUGGAACUAAUUUGAGUAAACACAAACUAAAGAAAUUCAAUAGACUAAUCCCAUAAGAGAAUAACCAUUAUUUAUAAAAUUAUCUUAAUAAACAGCUAAUAGAGUACCUAAUGAGAUAGAUCAACAGAUUGAAAAUAGAUUAAUCAAUGCGCCUUCUUCAGAAUAGAACUAUAUUCUGCAAAGCAAAUAAGAAUAUAUUGAUAAUAAGCCGAUAGAAUAAUAGAAAUAAUUGGAGGAUGAAAAAAUAGAUGAUAUUCCAAAAGCACAUCUCGAAACAAUAAACUCUCGAAGAUUCUAAACACCAAAAGACAGUAAACUCGCCAAAAAACAGAAAAUUUAAAAGUCUUCUGGAUUAUUAGAGCAUUAUAAAACAUAAAUUCAUUCAAAAUCUACUUAUAGUGAUUCAAAGCAAGGUGCAAGGGAAUAAGGACUAAGGAUAGUACAGAAAAGUCCUAAUGGAUUUGAUUCAAGAGCAAAAAUCAGAAUCCAUUAAAAUGAAGAUAACGAUGCAAUCAAAGGAACUGCGAAAUAAUAAAGAAAUUGCAAUAAAAGACCAGCAGCAACAGAGGAUUAAGGGAAAAAUAGUUAAAAAUAUCUAGAAGCUGGGUUCUUUACAAGCAGAUAACUAGAAAUGGAUUUGAAAGAGUAUCAAUAAGUAUCAAUUCAGCAAUUAUUAAAUGAAAAUCAAUAAAUGUAAUAUUAGAUAUAGAGAUUGUCCUUAGAGAAUUAGGAUUUGAAAGAGCAAUUAAUAAAAAGUGAAGCAACGUUUAAUUUAUUAUCAGAGACUUAUACAAAACUUAGAAACGAAUAUAAAAAGGUCUAGAUUAAAAAUUACGAUAGCUCCAACAACACCUUUAUAAUAAAUAAAGAAUACGAAUUUAUUAAGAAAGAACUAGAGUAGAAGUAGAAAGAGAUUGAGUUCAUUUAAAAGGAAACCGAAUUAGGCAAAAUAGAAUUAGAGAUAACUAAGAGGGAAAAUAUUCAAUUACAAAUGGAUUUAGAAUAAAUUAGAAAAGAGGCUAACAAUAGAAAGAUUGAAAACAGUGAAUACUUAAAGGAUAUUUAAGAAAAACAAUUCAAAAUUAAUACCUUAGAGCAGUAAUUACUACAUUAACAAGUUAAUCAAUAAUCAUCUCAAGAUUUAAAUCUAUAGGAUCACUCAGAAGAAUAAAAUAAUUAUCAUUUACAAUAAAAGAUGAAUACCAUGAAAAUUUAUAGAAUUGAAAUUGAUAAUUAUUAUCAGGAAUUAAUAUAAACAAGAUAAAAACUACUAUUUUAGGAAUCGUGUGGAAAACAGCAAUCAGAAUCUCUAGAGGAAAGAUAGCAAAUUAAUUCGCAAUUACAAUAAGAAAUUAAUUAGUUAAAAUAAAAAUUAAUUGAAAGUAAUAAAGAAAUAAAGUCAAAGUAUAUAAUGAAUUUAGUAGUAGGACUUUAGAAAUUGAAAUUCUAAAAACCUAAAUCAAUUCGCAUUUAUCAAUACCUGAUAACCAGAACCUAGAUUUGACAUCUCUUAUUAAUCAAUAAUCUACUCUUAAUGCAAAUCUUAAAUAGGAAAAUCAAUCUUUGGGUAUUUUAUAAAUUAAAGUAAAUUUAGUCCACCAAAAUAGAAAGGAUUAAGUCAAGCUUGAGAGUUUGUAGAAGGAACUAGGCAUCUAUAAAGUAAUCAAUAUGAUAUUAAGAGAAAGAACAUUGUUAAAUUGAGUGAAUAGAGGCAAUAAUCUCUUGAAUAAGAAAUCUAAUAACUUGAGAAAGUGGUUUUAAAUGGUAAACAGAAUAUGGCUGAUGUAAUUAAUGCUGUACUUGAGUGUGGUGGACCAACCUUAGCUGAAGCUGUGGAAAGGUUCUUAAUAACGAGAAGGAGUUCGAAAAUAAGUUGA